UCAGUUCUGCCAGAAGUGGACCAAAUCAUUGUUUUAAAGGACGGAUCCAUCUCUGAAUUCGGCACUUUCGAGGAAUUGGUGGCAAAUAAAGGAGAGUUCGCUGAAUUCGUGGCCGAAUAUAUCGUGAAUCAGACGGACGAAGACAUUCACGAAGACGAGAUGGAAAUCAUGGAACAGAUCGCUGAGAAAGUAAAGCCAAUUCUGGAGCGACACCUCUCGUACACGGAAUCGUUGACUGUAUCGACGAUUAGCGAUCAGUCGCGGCAAAAGUCGUCAAUAUAUCGGUCGAUAAGUAGACUGAGUAAUAGAGACCGGAUGUCCGACAGACCCGACACUAUUGCCGAAGAGAAGCAGAAACCAAAACGAAUCGGUAAACUCAUUGAAUCGGAAUCGUCUGAAACGGGAUCCGUUAAGAUGGAUGUCUACAAGAAAUACAUGCAAACCAUUGGAAUGGUAUUAUGCGGUGGUAUUGUCUUCUCGUUCAUCGCCUCCAACGCGGCUCAAGUGGUGUCCGGUCUUUGGCUGAGCGAGUGGUCAAACGACGCGCUCGACCCCAAGAAGUUGGCCGACACAGGGCUUCGGGACUUACGGCUCGGCGUUUACGGCACGUUCGGCGUGAUUGAGGCCGUCUUCUCGUUGGGCGCUUCCAUUAGCCUAAACCUCGCCUGCAUUCGGGCCGCGAAGGUAUUGCACAACAAUAUGUUGAAGCGUAUAAUCAGAGCGCCCAUGAGUUUUUUCGACACGACACCAAUCGGUCGAAUAUUGAACCGAUUCUCCAAAGACAUCGACACCGCAGACAUGUCUCUGCUGUUUAACCUGCGAAUGAUGAUAAUGCAGUUCUUCAGGACUAUAGUGGCGUUUGCGAUGAUUAGUUUGGAGACACCCAUCAUAUUGGCC